CCAGACAGGACCGUUUGAAGCCCCUUUCCGGAAGCAUGAGGAAGACGAUAAGGUGGAGGAGGAAACGGUGAAGAAAUGGAGGGAGGCGUUGAGUAUAGCAGCAGGCUUUUCUGGCUACGAAAGUGAGAAAGUAGCAGAUGGACACGAGGCGCCGCUUGUUGAAAUGAUUGUUCGGAGGGUUGUAGAAGAAUUAAAGAAUCGACCGCAGGAUGCCGAUGAACAGCUCGUUGUGUAAAGAGUCAUCACCGACUCUCUUGGAAUGACUCCUCUUUCUUUUCCUCUUUCGGUACUUAUGUAAUGAUUAAAGAAAAUAAAAUAAUAAAAAUAAAAAGUGUGGAAAUCGGUGGAGCCAUCGACUUCUUCAUUUAAUGGCAUAGUGUGUUGAGUCUCAAGUCUUUGUGCAAGUGAGUUGUUUACUUUGUGAGUUAAGCGUAUGCUUAAUUUGUGAGCUGGUGAGUUUUAGCUCCUGUUCACUUCGUGAAAGUGUAAGUGUGUGCUGCAAAGGUAUUGGGUGUUUUAACUCACUACUUAGUGAGUGAGCUGAUGUGAGUUUUCUCGAAUCCUCUUUUAUAAUAUCUAGUCUUUUAUAAUAUCUAGUUUGAUGAAUAAAGAGUUUACAUUUUAAGAUUAUCAAUUCUUCUACGAAAAUUUGAGUUUGGAUCUAAGUUAUAUCAAAGGCCCAUAUUUGUUUUUGAACACGUUCGAAUCAAGUCACGAGCAAAUGAUAUCAUCAAGAUAUUGGGCAUCAACUCUAAAGAUGCAACAAUGGUGGGAAUCCAUGGAAUGGUAAGACUCGGCAAGACAACAGGUGCAAAGGCCGUCUACAACAAACUUUACAGAUCAUUUGAAUUCCAUGUCUUCAUAAGUGAUAUCAGGAAAAAAUGCGUCGUACCUGAUGGACUCGUCAAGGAUGCUUCAUAUUUUCAAAGAAGACAUCACAAUAACCAAUACUGGUGAAGGAACUUGCAUGCUUCAGAGAAUUUUGCAGAACAACAGUGUCUUGAUCGUUCUUGAUGAUGUUGAUCAAGUAGAGCAAGUUGAAGCACUUGAUUGAAAACAGGAAUGGUUCCAUCUAGGCAGUAGAGUCACUAUCACUACGAGGGAUGAGGGACUGCUUAAUGCUCUGGAUGGCUGGGAACAACUACAUCAGAACUACGGGCCAAAAACAUUAAAUGAAGAUGAAUCCCUCGAACAUUUCAGUUGGGACACAAUGCAUUGGGAUGAAAUAAUGAAGCGCUGGAGUGGACUUCGCGAUGACGAGAUUUACAGGACGCUAAGAGUAAGCUACGACGUUUUGAGUAGCAGUGAUGGGAGAUCCAUCUUCCUUGAUGUUGCGUGCUUCUUCGGUGGAAUUGAUAAAGAAACUGCAAUUUAUCUAUGGGAUGCUUGCGGCUUCUCCUCAAGAGUUUCGAUUAAAGCUCUCAUUGACAAAUCUCUCAUAGAAAUCAUUGAUGGCCAAUUGGAGCUGCAUAACAUGCUGCCAGAAAUGGGCAAGCGUAUUGUUGGAGAAGAACUUGGAACAGGGCCAGAAACGGAGAGGAGGCUGUGGGUCAAAGAAGAAAUAAUAGAUGUGCUAGAGCAGCAAAAGGGAACAAGUAAAAUAGAAGGAAUCAGCCUUACCAUGCAAGAGGAUGGAAACAAUAUGGCACCGCGUGGAGCAAACGUUAAUGACCAUAGUGAUAAUCACGAUGAUAGUGAGGCGGAGAUGAAACCUGUGGAAGCUGGCGGCUUUGCCUCGAUGGACAAACUUAGAUUGCGUAUGAUCAAUCAUGUGAACUUAAUGGGUGGAUACGGAAGCAUGCAUAAACGCAUCAAGUGGCUCCAAUGGCGAGGGUGCCCCCUGAAAUUCCUCCCACCUGAUUUUGAUUUGAAGGAAGUUGCUGCUCUGGAUCUGUCAUAUAGCAACAUUAUUCAACUUCGAAAGAAGCCCAAGUGGUAUUCGGGCAUCAAGGAUUUUGGCCAGCAACCAAGCCUCAUCAAACAAAGAAAAGAAAAUGGAACAGUCUUUGAUAAUCUGAAAUUUCUUGAUCUGACUGCCUGCAAUGAGUUAACCGUUUCUCCUGAUCUAUCUGUGUUCCCUAAGUUAGAGAAAUUGGUGCUGGAUCGCUGUGAUAAUUUGGUUAAGGUGCAUGAAUCGAUAGCGAAUCUCAAGAUGUUGGUCGUAUUGAGCAUGAGAAGCUGUGGAAAGUUGAAGGAGUUGCCUGACUGUAUAUCACGCUUGACUUCACUCGAGCAGCUAAACCUUGCGAACUGCUUUGGCUUGGAAAAACUGCCGGACUGCAUCGAUGAACUGGCAUCCCUCAAGGAACUUGACCUCUCCAAUUGCACCAGCUUGAAAUAA